AUGAUCGAGACCAGUAAUGACUGGGCACGAGAGGAUGAGCUCGACUUGGGCCAGGAAGACGAUGAACACUCCCCGCCCGCCCACAACGGCGUCUCCGAUCAUGCCAACGCUCAGCAACCACCGGAACAUGGCCCAAUGGCUUACAUCGAGGAGGAUCUCCCCGGCGUAGCCAGCGAAAAUCAUGUUUCGGGAAAACCAAGCCCUCCUGUUGACGCCGAUACCACCGACCUGCCAUCCUCGCCGCAGUCCGGGCAGCCCGGCGCUCCCGGUAGCAUGGAUGAGACCCUCUCGACGCCAGAUGAUACCCCUUCUUUGCAUGGCUCUGUUCUAUCGUCGCGAAGCAGCAGCGCGUUAGCCUUCCGCGGCUCUCCUCACCUCAGCCCCAGUCCUUCCCAUCGCCCUUUCGAUCGUCGUUUCCAGUCAAGACUCUCCUCUGCAUCGCCAGUCAGUUUCCGACCGUCAUCCCCAUUUCUAGCCCAGAUUCACUCCCGAAAAUCUUCCCUUACUAGCCAUCUAUCGCCCGGGACCGUGGACUCGGGCGCGGACACCCCUCUGGGCCCGUGGGAUGUUGUGCAAUGGACUAGAUUGAGGAAGCUCAAUGGGCAGGCAUUCUCGGAAGUUGGUAAACGGAACUUUGGACAUCCCACCUGCAUGGUCGUUUCGACGUCCAUCGUGGUUGGUACGUCCAAGGGCAUCAUCCUGGUAUUUGACUAUCAGCAGAACCUGAAGACCAUCAUUGGACUUGGGACAAAGGCAAUUGAAUGUGGUGCGAUCACGUCGUUAGCGCUGUCAGCAGACCACUCGACGGUUGCUGGAGGCCACACUUCGGGCGACAUAUUUACCUGGGAGAUAUCACGGUCAGCACGGCCUUUCCUCCAUAUUCCCCCAAUACCUGCUAGUCAGAUCGAGACUCGAACAUCGGACGGCCAUAUCGCGGGUGCGCCGGUCAUCCAUGUGGGCUUUCUGGGAACGCGACGGACGGCACUCGUAUCUGCAGAUAAGCGCGGAAUGGCCUUCUCACACCUUGCUACUCGAGGAAUGGGCGCAAUGGGACGGACGGUAAAGACUACUCGGAUUUUGGGUCGCUAUCCUCAGGUUUUCGCGGAAGGCAGCCGACCGCGAAAGCCCAGCUCGGUCCUGGCAUUCUCGCCGCUCCCGCUCGGCAAUGUCGAGCAAUCCACCGACUCGCUAGGUUUGGUCGCCAUGCUUACACCGUAUCUCCUCGUCAUUGUUUCGACGACGCCUAUCGCACAGACACAACACAAGUCGCCCCGUCCGAAAGAAGUUACAGCUCACGGCGCCAUGACUGGAGCCCUUGCCUGGUUCCCCGCCAUCCGGCUCAAGGGCAAAGAUUCGGAGAUUUCCAAGACGAAGCUUGUAUAUUGUUGGUCCAAUGUGCUGACGGUUAUGGACGUCUCGGAGGUGGAAACCGACGAGUCGCCGAGCCGUGAUCGCCCUCCAAGCCUAUCCUUUAGACCCAGGAGCCGAUGGAAGGCCGACGAGGCGAUUGUUGCCGUGCAAUGGCUGAGCCGCUCAGUGCUGGCAGUGCUCACUAUCACACAGCAGUUGCUUAUACUGGAGGACCACACCAUGCGUGUUACGGAGGCUGUUGACCUCCUCAACCGGCACAUCUACCACGUGGAUUUGUUCUCCGCGCAGCUGCAUAACUUGGUCGAGCAGUUCAAUGAAGAGGACACAUCGAUGCAUGGAGUGGUGGCAGACGCCUUUUAUAUGAGCUUCCGUUCUUACAAAGGGCGCUUGUUUCUCUUGGGCUUCAACGAGAUGCUGAUCGGAAGCCUGUCGAACUGGGCGGAUCGAUUGUUGGCCCUCAUGGAAGCCGGUGACUUUAUCGGUGCGAUCCAGCUGGCGACAUCAUACUAUGAAGGUAGCGCCGAGAAGCUGACCAUUGGAUUACCGGAGGAGGAUGCACUGAGGCAGCCAUUGGUUCGAGAGAAACUCCUGGAAAUGAUCUCGGCUUCGCUGAAGUAUGCCUUUGGGCGGAAUACAGAAGCGAAUAGCGGAAGACUGGGGAACGGACAGCUUGAGAAACUAGCCGAGGUGUCCAUCGCGGCGUGCGUCUGUAUGUCCGAGGAGGACUUCCUUUGGGACGAGGUGUUUACCUGGUACGAGGAGAGUGGCUCACCCGGGAUAUUUCUGGAUGCGCUCGAACCGUAUAUCGUGGACGGGACCGUCCGCUCUCUCCCUCCGACUGCCGUGAAGGCCCUGAUCAAUCACUUCGCGACGAACCACAGCGUUAGCCGGUUGGAAGAGAUCAUCUGCCUGUUGGAUACCGCCACGAUGGACAUUGACCAGACCACUUCGCUGUGCAAGCAUCAUAAUCUGUACGACGCGUUCAUCUACGUCUGGAACCGCUGCCUGGGAGACUACGUGGGCCCGUUGCAGGAGCUCUUGCAGCUCAUUCCGACACCGGAGGCGCUCGUUAAUGGGGAGUCAGUAGAAGGGCUCAAGCGGUAUACUAAUGCGAUGAAGAUGUUCCCUUAUCUUUCCUUCGUUCUUACUGGGCGUGUCUAUCCUACCGGGGCAGACAUGGACGACGCCGAGGCGACCCGAGCAAAAGCAACCUUGUACGAUUACUUGUUCUCUGGCAAACCGUCUGGCACCAAAGCCGGGGCUCGAGCUCAGCCAGGCGGGUCGUUUCCCGAGCUCCAGGCCAUGCUGCGAUUCGACACAUCCAGUUUCAUGAGUAUGAUGAACGAGGCGUUUGAGGACAGCUUUUUGAAUGAGCAAGAACCCGAUGAGACUCCUGUCCGGGGAGUGUCCAUUAACCGACAAUAUCUUAUCAGCAUUCUGUUACAGGUUAUGACUCAGUCCUUCGACGCAUCUGAUACCAUUUAUUUAGACAUGUUCCUUGCGCGCAACCUUCCUAAAUAUCCACAAUAUAUUCUCCUCCCGGGCAGCACUCUUCACCAGGUCUUGGAGCGGCUGUGCCGAUAUCCGAGCCUGGAUAUGGCCGACGAUUGCGAAUUGAGCGCCGAGUACCUGUUGUCUUUCUAUCAUCCUCCCAACGUCCAGGGCAUGAUCCCGCUCUACAAGGAAGCACGCUUUUUCCGGAUUCUGAAAGCUACCUACCGCUCUGGAAAGCAGUACCCGGAGCUAGUGCGCACAUACCUUGAAGAUCCGAACGAGCAGGAGGCCAUCUUUACCUGUCUCCAUGACUGCCUUCGUCCUGGCUCAGGACUAGGUAAGAAACAGCGACGUGAUGUUGUCGACGUGGUCAAAGAGCAUGCUGGCCAGCUGGUCGCCAUCGAUGUGGAGAAGACCGCCCAGACGAUGCAUGGGCUCGCACCGGAACUCCACGGGACCUUCCUUGACAUCCUCAAAGAAGAUACUGGCCGGCAGUACCAGUACCUGGGCGUUGUGGUGCGCAUGUCUUUGCAGUCUGUGGCGGAGGGACGACAGGGCAAGCCCAUCGAGAACUGGAUGGUCGAGCGAUAUGUGCAGCUGCUCUGCAAGUAUAACCCGUCUCGCGUUGCCGACUUUGUAGAUGAUCUACGGGUCGGAGACGUCCGGCUGGAGGAACUGCUGCCAUCCAUGGAGGAGAGUGGGGUGGUGGAUGCGGCCGUGAUACUGCUGGCUCGACAAGGUCAAGUGCGGGCCGCGAUGGAUCGUCUCAUCACACACCUGGGGACUCUUGAGUCAGGGCUGGUAGGCAUUCUACAGAACCUGCACGAUAGCCCCGACUCCACCAGUACGACGGAGGCGAUCGACCAUCUCGUUGAGUCCCUUGACAAGUUUACGCGAGUGGGAACCUGGCUUUGCCAGGGGCAAAGCAAGACGGCGAAGAAUUCACGUGCGGUGGAAUGGAAUGGCACGGGUAAGGGUAAUCUGGAGCAACCUCUCUCCUUCGACGAAAGCCUUUGGCUAGAUUUUAUCGAGGCCGUCGUGCGGACGGCCAGCAGCGUGUUUGGCUUGGUGCAGCAAGAGCGUACAGCCCCAGUGACUCCGGCAACCAGCCACUUGAUGUCGGCGUUCCGCGCCCUGGUGCAGCAGGUGUUCACGUCGCUGCUGUCCAGCACGGUGCGGGUUGGUGGAUCAUCAAGCAGCGAGCGGAGCGACGUGAGCUUUCUCCGCAUUCUGCGGGCGUUCCUCACGCGGGCGGCCAGCUGGUCGCCCUCCCUGUUGGAACUACGGGCGGUACUGGCAUCAAUAUUCUCGGCUUACACGUAUGAGAAAUCCUUAUUAGCACUGGCUAACGGCAUGCUGGACCGGGACCUGUUUGUGCAUGUGGACGAGGUGACGCGACUACGGCAGCGGGGAUGGCGACCACGCGGGCAGGUCUGUGAAAUCUGCCGGCAGCGCAUCUGGGGACCUGGGGUUGGACCCCAGUAUUGGCAGGCGUGGGAGCAGAAACAGGAAAAGACGCACGAGCAGCGUCUCCAGAAACGACUUCAUGCACAGCAUGAUCCGGCGACCGCGCGGGGGAAGGGCAAGGCCGCCGAUGCAGGUCAGCCGCUCCCGCUGAUGGAUGGGCAUGCGGCCGCAGCAGAUGGUGAGGGUGUGAAUGGCGAGAACGCGACGGUGGCUGCUGGGCCGGUCGUGAUCUUUUCCUGCCGGCAUCUGUACCACCGGCGAUGUCUGUUGGAGGUUGACUCUUCGACUACUGCGCACGCUGCGCAUCCCCAGCACCGACAUCAUCAUCAGUAUCAGCAUCAGCAUCGUGGAGGACCGUUUCACCGAGGAGGAUCGGAGUGGGAGGAGUUGUUGGCAUGCCCGAUGUGUCCUGUACAUAAUGAACCAGCGAUGGCAGCGUGA